UGUAGGCAGGACAAGGAGAACACUGAUUCAAUCCAGAAGAAGAGGGAAAAGAAGAGGCUAAAUGAGAAGGGAACCCAGGUUGAACUAGGCAUGCGGGAGGAUAUCCAUGACCUUGACCUCGCCCAUUGGAGAUUGGCUAGAGAGACAUGGAGAACUGAGCGAGGAAACAUGAGGGAGAUUAAGGCGCUGUAUGGAGAAAUAUUUAGGCUGCACCAACUCUUGGCGGAGAUUGGGGUGGAUAAAGGGGUGAUCAAGCAGCGCUCCACCUCCUCCAUUAUUUGUCCCGUCUCCCCGACACUGCCAGCUUUCCCCUGGUACAACCACCACAGGUACCUCGCCAACAGUCAAUCGGAGCCUGACCAGCAUGCUGCCGGCACCCAGAAGGACCCACCUAAGAAACACUCAAUCUUUCCCCCUCUGGACACACAGAGCUGCACCUCCCCUGAUAAAUGGCCUCAUUCUCCGUCCAAGACGUCACACCCACACGCUUCACACCGAUUUGCUGUCCCAUCCCACCUCCUGGCUUCCGGCCCUCCUGCCCGGAUGAGACAGACCCAUCCGCAGGUCCACCCCAGGUCCCCAUUGACUGGCCAGGCAAAGGUCAAGGAUGAGGUUAAGAGGCCAGAGACUGCAUCGUCUGAGGAAUUGUCUGAGGAAGUUCAACGGAGAGGAGCAGAAAUUGCAAACAUGUAUAAAGCACAGCUGAAAGAGAGGAUGGCCCAAAAGAGAAAGGAAGAGAUUCAGAAGAAAAUGGCAAACAACGAUGACAAGAACGAUGACACUGAGGCCUCCUGCUCCUCUGCAGUAAAACGAUCUAAUACCCCUGCCACAGCCCCCGAGCGUCCGGCCAGCCCAGAGGCCACGCCAGUGGCCGCCCGAGAGGACACUCAGGGGGACAUCCAGCAGGACCUGGCAGAGGUUGUGAAUGUGCUCAAGAGGCAAUCAUCUGAUCUAUACCUACCUGACGACGUUUGUGAGGAGUCACUCACAUGGAAAUCCAUUUACGAGGAGCUGUGCCCACUCGCUCACAGAGUGAACACAGAGGCUGACUACAUCAAGGCGCUCCGCGUCAUCACUGAGAAUGCUGUGACUCCCUCGUGCUCGUCUGAGGAUGAUGUGUCUCAGAGUGUGAGUGAGGACACAAGUCAGGAGGGGAGUAGUGAAAGUGAGGAGAGCAUGAGUGGACAAGAGCAGAGAUGUCUACACAGGGAUCCUUAUGGUAAGAGGGACAGGAAGGAGAUUGAUAGUGGUAAAAUGGAAGGGAGAUUUGCAACCGCCAAUGCAAUGUCUAUGAUGGCGAGCCGAGGGAUAGAAGAACUUAAUGCCAUGAGCUACGCAGACAGGAUCAAAUAUUUCAAGUAUGAGGCUAAGAGAAAUGAAGAGAUGAUGAAGAUUGAAAGGAGGAAGGAAAAAGCCAGGGAUGAAGAGCUCAAAAAGUGGGAAAAGAGGCAGAAGAAAUUGAAUGAGGAGGAAAGGAAAAGGACAGAAAAUAUGGAAAAAAACAAGUUAGAGGAGCAGAGGAAAAGGGAGAAGGCAGAGAUGAAACUAAAGAUCGAACAUGAGAAAAAGAGACAAGAGCAAGAGAAAAAGAGAGAGAAAAAAGAAAGAAAGCAGCAGGAGAUGCAACAGAAGGCCCGUGCAAAAGAAGAGAAAAAGAGGGCAGAGGAAGAGAAAAAGAUGGAGAAACAGAGGAUGGAGGAGGAGAGGAACAGGGAAAAGGAGAGAAUGAAGGUGUUGGAGAUGCAGCAAAAGGCACGAGAGAAAGAAGGGAAGAGGAGGAAAGAGGAACAGAAAAGGAGAUUGAAGAUACAGCAGGAACAAGAGAAGGAGGAACAGAAAAGGCAGACAAGGAUACGGGACGAGGAUAAGAAGAGAGCAGAGCUUCAAAGAAUAAAAGAUCACGAGGCCAGGUUCAAGAUGGAGAUGGAGAAACUGUAUGAGAGAGAAGAGAGGAAUGCACAGAUUGAAAGAGAAAAGAGGCGUGCGCUGUGUCAGAAAAAAGGACAGACACAGAGAGCAAAACAGGUGGUGGCAUACGAGGUCACAGCGUCUACAUCUGACGCCUCUGUGCGGAGGGAAGAGAGGGAGCAGCGUCCAGAGACCGCUCACGCACAGUCUGCAAAGAGGAGAACAAGGAAGAAGCAGAAGAAAGCGGCGGACGAGGCAUCGACAACUUUUCAGUAGAUGACAAAAGAAAGGGAGCAGACAAAAGAAGAAAUGUACAAGUCAAUGCUCCUAGGUAUGUUGAUAGAUGUAAAUAAACAACAAAUUAGUUUGUUUUAAAGAGUAAAAACAAUCAAAAAAAACGAGAAAAUAAGCAAAAGGAGGAACAAAUUAUAAGGAAGCCAGGCAUGAGGGUGAAGAGGAGGAAACAUGAGAGAGGAGGAAGAGAGACCAGAGUGGUUUAUCAGGAGGGAAGUAGGAGAUAUAGAAUUCAAGUUCUGAUGGACAGAAUCAGGAAGGUAAAAGGUCAAGUUAAAGUUGCUUUGGCUUCCUUUUGUCCUCUUUCUAAGCCUGUUCAAGUCUGAGAUAGAUGAAAAGAGCAGCCAAAGAAACAGAUCUGUUGAAGCAUCAAUUGGAAAGGAUGGGAGGGUUGGAGGAGGAGCACAGCUGGAUGACUACAUUAGGUAAGUGUUUACUAUCAAAGCCUGUUCUCUGUAGACAACUGUAUUCAAUUCCUGAUCUCAUGUGAUUAUUCACCUCAAGUGAGUGGGCUUUCAGAUGUGUUUUUCCUGAAACAGAUUGUGGCAUAUGAGGUCUCUUUAUCUGUUGAAGCAUCAAUAGGAAAGGAUGAAAGGGAGCGAGGCAGGAAGAGGAAAACACAGAAGAGCAGAUGAGGUAAGUGAUUGGGCUUGUGAUGAGAGGAUAGGGGCUCCAGAACUGGGGUUCAUGAUUGAACAUUUUCAGACAAAUGUAUUACUGUGAAUCCCAUUCGUUCAAUGACUGUUCUACUAAUUCCUGACGGGAUAAUUGUUAUACAGGAGCACUCUAUGUUCUGCUUCCAUGUGGAUUGACAGCAUUGCUUUCAUGUGCUGCUGGAGGACACCAUGGAGGAAGAGGGAGAGGGUCUAUGAUAGGCAGUUUGCCAUGGCCCUAAAUGGGCCUUUGGAUGUUAAUUCUUCAUGCUUUAUAUCAUACAACUUUACAAUAAAAAUGAAUUGUAAGCAUCAGCCUCUUCUGUUUGAGUGUGAUCAGUGCAGUAGUAGUAAGAUUGGUGUAAACCCAAGGAAUAUUCUGGCAGUAGUGUUCAGUUGGUAUAAAAUAGUGUGAUAAGAAAUUAUCAACAUCUUAUGAAAACAAUAUAGAGAUAGAAAUAUCAAAAGAAGUGUUCCAUUUACUUAAUAGCAAUUUUUCCCCUCAUAGAGAACGAUGUCCUUGUUGUGCGCACACACACCGACACCCACAGAGAGUUAGUCAUGAUUUCCCUGAGUCAUCAGACUCUUUUGAAGGUUUCUUUGCAUCUUGAGCAGUCUGUGUUGUAUCCUUGCCGGACUCAUCUAUAACAAUCUCGAAGGCCGCCUCUUCUUCUACCCUCUUCACUUUCUCCCCUUUCGCUGCAAGGAUUUCCUCAAUGUUCCUGUAGGAAAAAUAACCAACAUGA